GUGCGGAUGCGCAUGUGCAACAUCGGCCAUGACAGAAAAUAUUUCUCAAAAGGGAAGUCCGAAACGUUGCAAAAAUUAAUUUCAGGUUCAAAAUACAGUUAUUUUCUUGGUGCAUUGGGAUAAUUCAAUGAGAUUAUGAAGAACGAUCCUUCCCUUUAUCUUGAUAUAUUGUAAUUAUGGUAGAAGGAUGACCGCACCAGAUAUUGGAUUAAAUGUUCAACUGCUUCAAGACUUAAAACAGAAAUACCCAGAAGUUGCUGAGCAUGUGAUAACCUUGUGUGUUAGACAGAAUAAAAACGACAGAAAGAAAUGUAUAGAAGCUCUUGAUAGAGAAACCCCCAAUGCUUUAUUUGGAAACGAUCAAUAUUUACCUAAUAGAUUACAGGACAUGCACAUUACUGACCAACGUACAAGGAGUGAUUCUGCAUCAAGUGGAAUAAGUAGUGCAAGCACAUCUAGUUCUUCCUCACAUAAAAUUCCGAGUGACUAUAGACCUCCACCAAUGGAGCCAAGUUUUACAUCUGAUUUUAAUCAGUAUGUGAAAAAUCCUGGAAAUUGUAUACAGAACAUUGAAUGUCGUGUUGCAUCUCCGAGUCCCCAGACAAAGACUAAUAAUGUUCCCCAAGGGAUUCGGCAAAUUCCAGUUCAACAUUUUCAAACUAUACGCAGUCCCCAAGAAAAACCUUCAGGAAGCUCACAAAAUCCUUUAGUUUAUAAUAUUUUAUAUCAACAAGGUGACAAUAGACUACCACCAAGCAGUCAUCCUGCUGUUGGGCAUCCUAAUUAUAUAAACCAGCAUGGAAAUAUAAACUAUAGUUUGCAACGUUCACCCAUCACUAGCCAAGCUACAAUGAAUCAGGGUCCUCCGGUGGCCCAGCGGUCUUUCUCUGUGCAGCCUUUAGUAGAACAUGGGCAAUUGAACAUUAUAAGAUUACAACCAGGUGAUAGAACUCCAGUGUAUCAACCAGGGAACUAUAAUCCCUCUGGUUUACAUGGGUCACAUAGUGAACCUUAUUUAACUGGAAUGGACAAUGGUACAACACCUUGUAAUAAUUAUUACACCCCUUUGGUUGUAAAUGUUGGUACGCCACCUGCGUAUCAUCCUGAACACGGAAUUUCUCAAAGUGCUAGUGACAUCAACAUAAGUGGGGCAGUUAAUCCGCCCUCAUUUAAAUACUUGCCAGAUCCUGUAGGAGGUACUAGUCACGGUGAUAAUGGACAUUUUUAUCCUUAUUAUCCAAACGACUCUCAUAUUUCGGGACACCCUCCUAUAGCGUCUCGGAGCAGUAGUUCUGAAAGUGAUCACAGUGUGAUAGGAAAUCCAGACGGUGAAAGACGUCAUGUGUCCACGUUGACUUUUCAACCGAAAGUGGUGCCGUCACCAAGUUCUAGUCAUAGUAGUCUUAGUUCCGAUUCAUCUCAUAAUCAUCCGCCUCCUCCUGACAUUCCGAGGAGACAGUCUGGUAAUAUACAGGAGGAAGCAGCAUAUACUCAAGCACUUAUUAGUUUUCAGGAUGAUAGAAUGUUAAAAUUAAAACUUGAUUUAGAAUCAGAACUGAGAAAAUUAGCCAAGCUAAGAAGUCAGGUGAAUCAAAUGGAGAAAAAUAUGUUAGAAAACAGACGCACCACGAGAAGUGUUAACUGUUCCCCUUCAAUUGAAGAUGUUGCCAAGUUACGGGAGGUGAAUCGAAGGUUACAGACAGACAUCCAGGUCAUGACAAGGGAGAUUGAUAAUUAUAAUAAUGGUCUAUUACCAUUAGGAGUGUGUGACCCUAAUGCACUAGAGCAACAGAACUUUUUCCAGAACAUGAAUCCAGGACAAAGGGGGAGUAUUUUUGCUCCCCCUCCUCCAGAUCCACCUACCAGUGAUUCACCACCACCACCUUUACCCCCACGGAUCCAUGCCAUUCCUCCUGCCCCACCCCAACAACCUCCAACAGGGUCAGGGGAUUCAGAUGGGGAUGGAGAGCAGUGGAGUUGUUCAGCCUGUACCCUUCUAAAUCAUCCUGCCUUAAACAAGUGUGAAUGCUGUGAAAUGCCAAGAAUCAACUCUUCACCCCCAUCAACAGGUGUAUCUUCACAUGGGACUUAACACCAGCAUGCUAGUUUUGGACCUGGUUUUAUUUUGAUCAUUUGAAUGUCUCAGAUGUUGUUAUGUAGAUUCAGAUAUAACCAAUCCGACUACCUGACCAAUGUUCAUUCUCUGUGAAAACCUUUCUUCUGUCUUUCAUUGAAGCUCUUACUUUUUUCAAAGCUUACAGUUACCGUGGAUUUAUAUUUUUUUUUCAUCUUCACAAUUUUUUUUAUGGAUUUAAAGAAUUCUUGGGGGAUGUUUUAUUUUUGGGUUUUAAUAAACCCUGCAAACAAACAUAUAGGCUAAUACAUGUAUUCAAGCUAAUACAGAGUUUUUGAUUGGUUAAACUUUAAAAUUCAGUGUUAGACCCUACCUGGGAAUUAAAAAUAGUACCAGACAAAGAAAUCUGAAUCCACAGUACACACAUACAUGUAUUUAUAUUAUCAGUUUUAAAUGUUUCUGUUUAGUUAAACAUUGAUUUUUUCAAUUUAAACCUAAUGUUACCACAAUUAUGAUACCAGAAAGUAUCUUUUUUAUUUGAAACAAUUUUGUCUGUAUAAUUAUGAGUUUCUUCUUAUAACUUGGGAGUUAUAAAUAGAUUUAUAUAUUUGCUUCACUAUAUAUUUUCAGUGUCACUAGAUUUGUAAUUGAACAAUUUUUAUAGACAAUUUCCAACCCCUGUGAUAGAUUUAUAUACUCAUUAUUUUGUUUUUGCACCUUAGGCCAAUUAAAGAAAUGUCUGUGUUUCAGGUUCCCUUUUCUUAUUGUUAUGGAGAUGGCUAAUCAUGUUAGGCCAAUUUAUAAAAUGUAAGGGUUUUAGAGUUUAAGGUUCCCCUAUCUUAUCAUUAUGGAGAGUGGUUAUUAAUAUUAUUGAUAUAAAAUAAGGAAAUGUGUGGUUCGAAUAAAAUUAUUGAGAUUGGUGAUAUUUAUAUCUUGUAAAAGAAAAUUGUUUAAUUUUCCACCAUUGUGAGAACCAAGGGAGAUAAUACAGAUGUAAAGAGUUUUAAUAGAAACAAUACUAUGGUUAAAACCUUCAUGAAAUUAAAUUGACAAUUUACCCUACUUUUUUACUCUGAAACCUGAAACUCAUUCCAUUUUUGGUUGGCCUUAUUUCUAUGUUUCAGUUUGUUUUAAGAAAGAAAAUAAUAACUAAAUCAGUCUAUGAACAAUUUCUUUUAAACAGAGAGUUGACCUAAAGCCAGUAUUUUCUAUUGUUUUCGUUCAUGAAUAGUUUCAAGAUUUUAUAUUACUUUUGGAAAAGUAUGUUGCAUACUUUAAAUAUUUUUUUUUCUUCUUCUAUUUUGUCAUUUGGAAACAGAUUUAUCAACUGUACAUAUGGUACACAUUUAAAAAUUUAUAGAAAAAAAUGGCAAUACUGUGGAUUGAUUGUUCAUUAAAUAUGUGGGUAUUCUGUAAAACAUAUUUUCAAGUUUUGCAUAGGUUAAUUUAAAUGCUGAAAUUCCAUAAAAAAAACAUUUUUUCCACAAUCCAAUUGGUAUGCAGAAAAAAAUCAAAGAACUCCUUGUAUCGUAGAUUUACUUAAAUUUAAAGAACUUUGAAAAAAGUAUUUGACUUCACCAAUUAUACUAUGCAUGCAGUUAUCUAUGCACAACCUUUGUUACCAUAAAAAAAAAAUCCAGGUGUUUUUCAGGUGUCUGAAUUGAAAAAGUAUUUUACUUUUGAUAAAUUUUUUCUCAUUUUAUCCAUUGAAGAUUGUAUCAGGUAUUUCAAAAAUUGCACAAGAUUGUGAACUAUCAUAAUUAUGAUAAUUUUCAAUUAAUAAGGUGUUGUUUUUUUUUAGAAAUAAUGGCAAUUUAGAAUUGUAUUUUUGGAAAGACGCAGCAUAAAGUAAAACCUAUUUGUUACUACUCCUUUUUAGAAAAAUCCUUUACAACAUUACGUUAUAGCUUGCAUAUAAUCUGGCCCUAUGCUACCAAAAUUCAUUUAUGGAAGUUUCUUCUUUUAAAGUGUGCCAUUCUUCAGUGAAUUUAGUUCAAGGCAGAGAUAAUUACAAGAGGUUUUACUCCAAAUUUUGGACUGUGAUUUCAUUUUAUAUUUUACAAAUGGCAAAAGUUUGUAACCUUUUAAUAUAUUAUCAACCACUCUUUAUAAAGUAAAAACAAUCAUGCUCCCACACCUACCCUGAAUUCAAAUUCUAAUGAGCUGCAUUUGAUAGAGAUCAACCAUAUCCAAAAAAGCUAAAUAACUAAAAUCCCAAACUCAACAGGCAAAUGGCAAAAGAAUAUCAAUACAUCUGUAAAAACUAUAAAAAUCAGUAAUCAAUAUUUAAAUGUUUGAAAACCCCUACUCUUUUUAUGACAGUAGGCAGCAAACAAUGGUAUAUUUUAUUUGGCCUUGUAUGGAUUUCACUUUACUUUCAUAUGUAGUUACACCAUGCAAUUUUUCAUUUCAGAAUCUAAUGCAUUCUGGGUAAUAUUUUCAAAAGUGACACCAAAACUUCGAUUUGUUUUUAAACAUAUAACAAUGGAAAUUCAAAUAAUAAAGUAACAUCAUUUUCAUUUCGGUGUAGGAACAAUGAGUUACCCAUAAUCCUUUGGAUUCUGAAAUGUAGCUACACCAUGCAAUUUAAAACACAUUGUAAGAAACAACCUGAAAUAAGACAUUUGCUCAUGGAUGUAUUUAUUUAUCCCGCCAUAUUUUCUAGACAAUCAUUUUGUCUGCAACUGUAAAAUAACUUGUGCCUCAAUGAUUUUUACUAGAAUAGAUUAAAUUGUAUACAUAUAAAACAAAACGCCAUUCUUAAGCUUUAAUUGAAGAAUAUUUAGAGAUAAUGUGCCAUGAAAAUUAUCCAUAAGAAUUUUCAUUUACAGCUCUUCUAAAAAAGCAUGCAAAGCAAAUCUUUGAUCAACUUGCUUUAUAUCUUUGGUUGGAUGUUUGCAAACAAUAGGUAGGCAGAGUUUCAGUCUGUUGGACAACAAAAUUGACAUGAAAUAAAGGUACUGGUAAUGUUAAUUAUCCAAUCAAAUUCCAGUAUAUAGUAAAAAUACUGAACCAUACAUAUACCUGUUGUUUGCAAACAUCCAAACAAACAUAGCAAGCAAGUUGAUCAAUUGCUUGCUUUGCAUGCUUUUAUAAAAGAGCUGUAAGCAUUGUAAAAUUUUGAAAGUUCAUAAGAACUCUAAUGAAUUUUAAAGGAUUUUUAAGAAUCUUUGUUAGCAACUUCAGGAAUUCCAAUGAAUUAUUGUUUGUAGUUUUUAGAACAUCAGAUUUUUCAAUAGUUUGACAAUAUAGAAAUCUUCAAAAUGAAUUAUUAGUAUUUCAUAAGAUAAGUAAGAUUUCACCAAAAAUCUAUAAAUAAAGUCACUUGUAAGUAAUACAUUUCAAGUUAACUUAUGAUCAAUUUUUGUGGACAGAUUUGUUGUGACAAAGACCCUUAUUUUUUUUCAAUUUACAGUUAUGGAAUAAACAGCUAUUUCUAUUCAUUUAAACCAUAUAUGUUUUUGAGGCGCCAUGUUAAAGAAUAAGCUUUCUGCUUUAGUUAAGGGGAGAUAAUACAAAAUUAUUUCUCGUAAUUAAUGCAUCAAAUGUGUUCAAACAAGCAAUGUUAUGUACAUGUUCUAUGCCCAUAUUGAUAAAGGGAGGAUUUAUACUUUUUAUUUUAAGAAAAUAAUUGUAUUUAAAGACUUAUCCUAUAUGAAAAAUGUUUAUGCAUUGGAAUAAAAAAUCUAUUUUAAGUGGACAAGAAAUAAUUUUAACAAUUGGUACAGAUGCUUGUACCAUGCUCACUGUAUUGACUGUUACAAAACAUUGAAACAAGGGUACUGAAUGUGUUUACUAAACGGAAGUGAAAAUACCUCAUUUUCAAGGCAUUAGUCAUCAGUUUAAAAUUCUAUUAUCUCUUCAUAGCAUUUAGUAAAAAUAGAAGUCUGUUUAAAACUAGUAGUGUAUUUCAAGUUCAUUUCUUUCAAUUGUGACUAGGAUUUCAAGGUCUUUCAUUUUAAUGUGGAGUUUACAAAAAUGUAUGAGGCCAAAAUGAAUAAUAGUAAUUGUGUUCAGUGUAACCUUUCCUAUCCCAUCAUAUUUAUAAACCUCAAAAUGCCAGACCUAAAAAAAUGAUUGGCCAUUUUAGUUGUAAAUCCUAACAGUUAACAAACUGAUCAAAAUAUUUUUUGAAAAUAAAAUUGAAAAAAUGAAUGGUAAACAUUGCACUUUCUAGUUUGUCCUUACUAUGUGUGUAGAUGUACUGCUAUAAAACAUUUAACAAUGAAUUUCCAAAUACUUAUAAAAUUAUCUUUACAUUCUUUUGUCGCUAGAUUUAUUAUGAUAUUAUAAUUCAUUUGUCAUUGAUAGCAUGAGAAUUAUGUGUUAAAAAAUAGAUUUUUGAACAGACAUCUGUCUGGUUUAUGCUGUGGAACCAUAGCUCUUAGGUCCUUAUGUUAUUUUUUGACUCCGCAAAUAGUAAAAAAAUAACAUAAGGACCUAACUGCUACGGUUCCGCAGCUAGUCUGGGUUAUGCAAUGUUAAGCUUCACAAUUUGCAUUUCAUUUGUUUAAAAAAACAAAAGUAUGUUAAAAUUAUGUUUGCUUUGUCUACAGACCAUUGUUUACAAGUGUAUAACAGUAAAAGGGCAUUUUUUGUUAUAAAAAAAUACGGUAUUCUGAAUAAAUCAUUGUCAUAGGCUUCAAUUUUUGUAAAAAAAAAUGGUAAAAUUUAUGCUAUUUUCUAGAAAAUCUUAUAUUCAUACAAAACCAAUUUUACUUGAAAAUCAUAUAGAUUUUGUGGAUUCAUUUAUUUUCAUGGGUACCAUUUUUAAUGGAUUGAGAGAAAAGAUACUUAUGUGGAUAUCUAAUAAAAUUGAGAAAGGAAAUGGUGAAUAUGUCAAAGCGACAACCAUCCGACAAUAGAGCAAACAAUCUAAUGUCUUGGUUUGGCCAAAGUCUACAUACAAGCCAAUGGAAAGUUAGCAUUUUGUUGAACAUUUAAAUUCAUGGUUAACCUAUACCUAAGAAAUUUACAAAAAUUGGUAUCCAACUAAAAAAUAAUGAAUCCACAUUACAUUAUUAUUGGAGAGCUUAUUAAUACAAAAGAAUAAAUGAAUCUGUUGCUAUUUUUUCACAAGAUCUCUCAUCAUAUCUUAACUCGCCAUUUCAGAAUCUAAUGACCUCUGGGUAAUAUUUUCAAAAACGUACACCAUGAGCGUGAUUGGUUUAAAAAGUUGUAAACAAUGGAAAUUCAACCAAUGAUGUAAUGUUAUUUUCAUUUUGGUGUACGAACAAUGAGAUUACAGAUAGUCAUUUAGAUUCUGAAAAUGUGAAUAAUGAAAUGUUUUUUCUGUGUAGUCCACUUUGACUGUUACUGAAUAGAAGGGUUACUCUCAUGUAGAUGUUUGUGUGGCUAAUGACUUUGUGCAAUGACUUUUUUUUUAGAGAAGUACAGUACAUUACAAGUUAAUGUUUGUCUUUUUGAUAUUUUUAUUAUUUCUUAGCUGUUUUUUAUGCACAGUUGUUAAUUUUGGAAAAUAAUAUAUUAAGAAAUUACAUUUUUUUUUUAUGGGAAAAAAAGGGGGGGGGGGGGGGUUAGACAAGAAUUGGACCUUAAAUGUUGAAUUGUAAAAAGAUUAGCCAUCUAAAGGUUGUGAUGAAAUUUAGAAAGUUAAAGGGUGUAAGUAAAGUUGGAAUUGAGACAAACUUAUAACACAUAUUCCAAAUCGUUCAAAUGGUUGUUAAUUCAAAAUUUCAAAACUUUACAUUUUUAAGGUUCAAUUGAGAUUAGGAUAGAAAUUUUUAAUAUCUGAAACACAUCCAUACAUAGUUAAAGACAUUACCUUUUUUAGUGAUUUUUUUUUACAAAAAAAAAUAAGCAUUGAAUUUGGAUGUACUGUAUCUAUAUACUGUUAGAUGAUUUUAUAUUGUUUAUCAUGUUAAGAAUGAUGAAUUCCAUUUUAAUAGUCUAUUUAUAGCUUACUCAGAUGCUUGUCUCACAUAAUACAAUCCCAGGAUUUUUACUCUUCAAGUUUUCAUCUUGCCAAAAAAGGGGGGUACUAUUUAGAAUAAGUUGUUCAUGUUUGUCUUCUGCUGUUUGCAAAUAAUUUACAUGAACAACACAUCUGUGUAGCUUGUUUCAUCCAUUCCGUUGUUAUGAAAUUAUUUUUAAAAUGACAUUUUUUUUCAAGAGUAAAAAUCCUGGAAUUGAUAACAUUUUUGCGAAUUAAAUAUCCCAUAUAAAUUGUAAACAGAAUCUGAAUGGUAAGCCAAAAAGGUGGUGACUUUUAGCGAGUUAUGCUAAAAGAUGAUAUAUAUCUUUUUAAUAUACUUUGUUUUAAAUAUCUAUUUAAAGAAUGUUCGGUAUUUGUUUUCUAUUUCAACAGAAUUAAUUGUAAUUUGAAUUAAGAAAAAUCUAUACAACGUCGUACUUUUGGAACUAACAAUGGAGCAUACCUUUAAGAAACAGAAAAAUUAUCUUGAACUAUCUUGUUCAACGGAAAAGAUAUUUACAAUUUUCCUGUUUUCAAUUUUCGUUCAAUUACAAUAUAAAAGGUAUGAAUUAAAUGAAUACUGCAAAUAAUUCUUGUACUUAAAAUAAGACAUGAGAAAAUAUUUCUGUUCAAAUAAUCAUACAUGUCAGCGAUCUUAAAGUAGAUUUAAAACAAAAUGAAGUAGAAAUUGAGAAUAUCAAAAGGUAUUAGAUGUUAAAAAUAGAUUGGUUACUAUUUAUAGACAUUUUGGUUUGAAUGUGAUGCUUGUAUGAGUAGACUUUAUAUGGAGUCUUUUGAGUUUGUACUAUAUUAAAGCUUAUAAUGAUAUUUAUGCACGAUUCUGUGCAUAUGAUUCACUUGUGUAUAAAAAUAAUUAUUAUUAUGAGAAAUAAAUUGUUGAUAUUUGA